AUGCCUGCAGAAAAUCCACGAGAGUUUUCAUCUCUCUCAGACUUAACAUGGGAAGACUUGGGCUUGGACCAAGACGGAAUUCCUACUGAAUCAAAGAAUCCAUUAUGCAUACCACAAGAUAGACUUGAAGACCUGGAUUUUUUUCCAUCCUUAAACGACGAUUUAAUUUCAUUAAAUGGAUUAUUUCAAUCACCAGAACAUAAAUCCUACUCUUCAGGUCGAUUUUCAUCCAAGAAACACACCAAUACCCUUUCAUUGGAUGCUCGUGAAAACAUGAACAUGCCCUUGUUUUUAAAUGAUUUUCAGGGCUUCGGAGGAAUCCAUAAUCCAGAAGAACUCCAUUUUUAUGGCUUUAAGAAGCAAGAAUCUGAAGAUAAAGGGAAAGGGAAAGGGAAAGGGAAAGAGGUUUUGUACGAUUUUUUAGAACAGACCGACGAGAAACAGGCAAUUGAAGGUAGGAGCAACAGACCUCAGAGUCAUUCACGGAAUUCAUCGAAAGAUAUGAAACUGAGGUGCACUCAUUGCCAAGCUGAGAAGACACCGCAGUGGAGGAUGGGUCCAUUGGGACCAAAGACACUUUGUAAUGCUUGUGGUGUGCGAUUCAAGUCGGGGAGGCUAAUGCCGGAGUACCGCCCUGCGGCGAGCCCAACUUUUGAUAGUACGAAACAUUCUAAUUUUCACAAGAAUAUAUUGCAAAAAUUUAAUCACUUGAAGUGA